AUGAAGUACACCCAAAGGACGCCAAAGAAGUUUCUCAAUGAAGCAAAAAUAACUUCAGAGGACAAAUUGUUUAUGUUCUUGUUGCGGCUGAGAAGAGGAUACCCAGUUGUAGACUUAGCUCAUAUAUUUGGAAUUUCUAAGCCGUAUUGUGUGAGAGUCUUGUACGUCAUGCUUCGGUAUCUACAUAUUACAUUAAAGGAAUUAUCAAAGCAUCUGUUCAUCAGUGCUAAAGCACUAGAAUUCAAGAAGCCCAAACCAUUUAAGCCCUUCAAAAACUUAAAAAUUAUUAUUGACGGUUUCGAACUGAACCUUGAGUUCCCAUCCAACUUCCAGCAGCAGGGAAAUACGUACUCUGAGUACAAGGCACACAAUACCGUCCGAUUUAUUAUAGGCAUUUCACCUCAUGGCACUAUUGUGUUUGUAACUCCUGGCUAUGAAGGUAAUAUGUCUGAAAGAAAAGCUUUGGAGGAAAGUGGUUUCUUUGAUAUGCUGAAACCUGGUGAUGUUGUCAUGUGUGAUAGAGGAUUUGAAAUUAAUAAUGAACUUCUUAGAAGAGGAGUUGAGGUGUUAAAGCCUCCUUCUUUGGGUGGACGUAAGAAAUUUACUCCUGAGGAAGAAAUUUUGACUCGUGCUAUUGCAUCUGCAAGGAUUUAUGUUGAACAUGCAGUGAGACUAGUGAAAGUGAAUCGCCUACUCCGAUUCACAGUUCCAGUGUCUAUGAUCCCAACAAUAUCUGACUACGCCUAUGUGGCAGGUUUCCUUGCAAAUUUCGGCACAAAAACAUUUCAAUCUAAGAAAAAGAAGAAUGGUGAAUGGAAGUAA